GUGACACCGAGACUACAGUCGCGGUUCGGUGGGAUUCGCGGUGCAACUCCCGGGGCCCAAGCGGCGUGAGCGUGGGCCGUAUCCGCCAGCGGGUCUCACAGUGUAGCCAGGCUAGGCUUGAACUCAGGAUCUUCAUGCUUCCAGAGUGCUAGGAUUACAGACAUGUGCCCUCAUGCCUGAAUAUGAUAGUGAUAUUUUAAAAACCAUAAUGAGUGCUUCGAACCUGACUCUACCAAGUGAGUGUUGUGCAGUGCCAAGAUGUCAUUGUUGCUGUGGGUAAAGAUGAAAGAAGCAGAAAGAUCCCAGAAUGUCUAAUCCAUUUUAAUGGUCCUGACAGAAGCCGGGAUAGAUGGGAAGCUGAAGUGCUUUGUGAUGUGGAUGAAAGUCGCAGGUUAGAGCGUAAAUUGGCAAGAAAAGCAGUAGCUCACCUAGGAAGCCGGAAUGAAAGAAAAAGUGCUGCAGGUUGCUUGGAAUUGACUGGCUUACAAAGCCAUUCUGUUGAAGAAAUAACGAGAAUGAUGGAAACCCAAUAAGCAGUUCCUGUCGUGACAGCGGUGAAGUAAGUAAAGACAGUGACACUGAAGAAAAGACUGAAGUGAGAGCAAGAACUGGAACCACAAGCAGAAAGGAAAAUGGAAGAAAGAACCAUCACAAUUGACAUCCCUGACAUUCUCAAGAAGCAGCUUGAGGAUGAUUGCUACUACAUUAACAGGAGGAAACGGUUAGUGAAACUUCCGCGACAGACCAACAUCAUUACUAUUUUAGAGUCCUAUGUGAAGCAUUUUGCUAUCAAUGCAGCCUUUUCAGCUAAUGAGAGGCCUCGUCACCAUCACAGUUUGGUCCACACCCACAUGAAUGUGCAUUAUAUCCCAGCUGAAAAGAAUGUUGAUCUUUGUAAGGAGAUGGUGGAUGGAUUAAGAAUAACCUUUGACUAUACUCUCCCACUGGUUUUGCUUUACCCACAUGAGCAAGCUCAGUAUAAAAAGGUGACUUCAUCCAGAUUUUUUCUUCCAAUUAAGGAAAGUGCCACCAACACUAGUAGGAGUCAGGAGGAGCUGCCUCCCAGCCCACCAUUGUUGAAUCCAUCCACACCUCAGUCCGUGGAGAGUCAGCCUACUACUGGGGAACCAGUCACUCCCAAGAGGCGCAAAGCUGAACCGGAAGCAUUGCAGUCCCUGCGGCGUUCCUCACGUCACAGCAACUGUGACAGGUGGUCUGAGAGCAGCACAUCACCCCAGCCCAAGCGCCGACAGCAGGACACGUCCACUGGCAUGCCCAGACUCUUCCUGCACUUGGAAAAGAAGACACCUGUGCACAGCAGAUCAUCUUCCCCCAUUCCUCUUACUCCAAGUAAGGAAGGGAGUGCUGUGUUUGCUGGCUUUGAAGGGAGAAGAACUAACGAAAUAAAUGAGGUCCUUUCUUGGAAGCUUGUGCCCGAUGAUUAUCCCCCAGGAGACCAGCCCCCUGCUCCCUCGUAUAUUUAUGGGGCACAACAUUUGUUGCGAUUGUUUGUAAAACUUCCAGAAAUCCUUGGAAAGAUGCCCUUACCUGAGAAGAAUUUGAAGGCUUUACUGAAGCAUUUGGAUCUCUUUCUAAGGUUUUUAGCAGAAUAUCAUGAUGACUUCUUCCCAGAGUCAGCAUAUGUGGCUGCUUCUGAGGCACACUACAGCACCAAGAACCUCAGGGCAAUGUACUAAAGUUCUGGUGCUACAAGAGUAGCUGCUUUGUCUUUGUGCUUUGGGUUCCAGGUUCCAGGUGGACCAAUGAGAUGAUGGGCCUUCUCUUCAGGGUGUACCAACGAGCACUCCCUGGAGCCUCCAACAGGCAGACAGGCUCAGUUUGAGUUUUUUAUGUUUUGUAGUUAUUUCUGUUAUGAGUUAAUUCCUGAGCUGGAUGUGGUGAAUUAUGCUUUGUAAUCCCAGCACCAGGGAGGAUCAUGAGUUCUAGGUCAGUCUAGGCUCCAUAGUGACACUCUGCCUCCAAAGUGAAGAGUAAAUAUAAGUUAAAAUACUAAUUAUUUCCAGAGUGCCUGGAUAUGUUCUUAUAUAAUGCUCCAUAGGCCAUCUGUGAUACUAGGCAAAGAACAGCUGUAGCUGUGCCCAUAGUGAAACAUUUAUGAAAGUAUAUGUAGGGCACGCUGUUUUGGUAGAUAAUUGUAGUUGGUUGUUAGCAAGAACCAUGUUUACUAUGUUAACAUUAAACAAAUGUUCUUGAAAACUGUUUUCAUUCAUAGGGCAAAUUUAGUUUCAGGGGUGGGGUGGUAAAAAGUUUUUAGCUUGUGUUUGGAAAGUGGUCAGAGUAUUUUAGAGGAAAUUGAUAUUGAUGGUGAAAGAGAUUGCUGAUAACAGUUCCCACUCCAUGAAAUGCAAUUUUUGGUUAUGUAAAUAAAACGUUGCUUUUCUUGUUUGAAAUUUUACAGCUACAUUUGGCUUUAUAAUGUUAACAGUCCUUUUCUAUGAAAUGUUAUUUUGGGUCAUCUAAAUAAAGCAUUGUCUUGUUU